AAAGCACAGCUGCAAAGUCAUCAUAGAGUCGGUUAGUAAAAUCGGUAUAAUUUUUAUAAUUUAAAUAUUUAUAUAAUGAUCACAUUUCCUAAGUUGACAAAUUUGAAUCUUUGAAUUCUUAACUUAAGUAUCUAGAAUCUAGAAGAAUCUGGAAGUGUUUGAAGUUAAAGUUACUGGAAAUUACUCAGUCAUCAUAAAGUUACUCAAUAGUAUAAAUAUAUGGGGAUAAUUCCAAAUCUUAAUAUUAUUGUAUUAAUUUUUUUAUUCUUAUCAACAUUAACAUUGUCAAGUUUAUUUAAUUCAAAUACAGACAAAAAUAAAGUUAUUACUAUGAGUGGUGGUUCAAGAAGUAUUUAUAAAGUUAUUAAUGCAAUUCAACAACCUGAAGGGGUUGGUGCAACCGUUAGAAGAUCUAUUGGUAUUAUGAGUAAUAGAAAAUUUAAUCCAUUUUUAUUAUUUGAUCAUUUUGCUUCAAGUGGAGUUGAUGGAUUUCCUGAACAUCCUCAUAGAGGUCAAGAAACUAUUACUUAUGUUAUGAAUGGUGGUAUUGCUCAUGAAGAUUUUACUGGAUCUAAAGGUAUUUUAUAUAAGGGAGAUUUACAAUUUAUGACUGCCGGUAAAGGUAUUGUUCAUUCAGAAAUGCCAAUUCCAAGUGAAGAUGGAUCUCCAUCUGUUGGUAUGCAACUUUGGGUAGAUUUACCUGAACCAUUAAAAGAUUCUGCUCCUCGUUAUAGAGAUUUAAGAGCUUGGGAAAUUCCAGAAGUUCAUGAACAAGAUGAUAAAUUAGUAGUUAAAGUUAUUUCUGGUAAGAGUUAUGGAGUUGAAUCCUUAAAGGAUUUAGCUUAUACACCAGUCAAUUAUUAUCAUUAUAUAAUGAAGCCAGGAUCUAAUUUUAAACAAGAUUUUGAACCUGAUUAUAAUGUUUUCUUAUAUGUAUUAAAGGGUAAUUCAUUAGUUUUAACUGGUACUAAUGAAAAGGUUAAACAAUAUCAAAAUGUAUUAUUCAAUACUGAUGGAGGUUUUGUUGGUGGUGAAGUUUCAGCUGAUUCUAAUGAUGAAGUUGAAUUCAUUUUAGUUGGUGGUAAACAAUUGAAUCAAAAUGUUGUUCAAUAUGGUCCAUUCGUUGCUACAUCUCAAGAAAAGAUUCAACAAGCUUUCUUAGAUUACAAUUAUGCUCGUAAUGGAUUUGAUAAUAUAAAGAAUUGGAGAACUUUAAUAUCUAAUGGUGUCACUAAAGAAAUGAUUAAUGGUCCAUUACAAGGUAGUCUUGAACAUAGAGAAGAAUUAAAGAAAGCAUAUCUUGAAAAUUUAAAAAAUCAAAAAGUUCCUGCUAAGGAUGAACUUUAGAUAAUAAUUUAUUAUUAUUGUUAUUAUUAAAUUUAUUAUUAAAUUUAUUAAGUUUCUUCUUCUUAUUAUUAUUCUAUUACAUACAUACAUAUUAUAUUAUAUAGUUUUAUUAUUUGUACUUUAGUUUAUACAUGCAUUUAUUAUAGAGAAAAAGCUUGUAGUAGUAGUAGUAGUAAUAGUAGUAGUAGUAAA